GGAAAGAAAUGUCGUUCAACAGAGGAAACCGCAAACACACGUAGAAAUAUUGCCUUAUAGAAGCGACUGCUGCGGAGGAGAGAAAGAGAAGAAAGACCCGCUAGCUACGUGUAGGACGCUGAGUGGUGCAACGCAACUACACAAAAAACCUUUGUCGAUGCGAUCUUCAUCGCAACGGGGUGCAGCUAUUGUUAUCAAAAGAGACACUCAAAAGAGAGAAACAAACAAUUUGCUUUUCGAAUUUGUUUUUAACCUGGUCUUUUUCUCAAUUUCACGUAAUGCUGUAGAGAGAGAUGUUCAUUCAUCGAAAUAAUGUGGACCAGUACGUCCACGGAAAGCCGCGACUGCGAAAGUCACAGCCCGUCAGCUCCAGCGGUGUGUCGAAUUCCUUCGUGCAUCAGAACGACGACGAUUUGUUCUUUGCGAGCCGUCGCCGCGUUGCCCUGCGGACAGCGCAUAACAGUUAUGGAAGCCACCGUCUUGCGCCGAUCCGCUACUCCUCACAUGCGUCCAGCAGCGACUCGGAUGAGAUCACGGUGGAGGAGAUUUUUCCUCCCUGCCCGUCGCGAGGGGUUGUGUCGACAAGUGAAGAGCCAUGCAGUGCUUCUGCACCGCAGCCACCUCCUGCAGUAUUCGCAAGUGUGUUCUAUUCGAAAGUCGAAACAAACUCGGUACGUGCCCCGACUGGCGCUUCACUCGCAAGCGGAGAGGAGAGAGGAAGAACAAAAAGUGAGUCGGAUACCUCCACUCACUUCACUGCAUCCCGAAAUCUUUUCCAACACGAUGGGCUGGCAAGCGUCGGUGGAGUUUCCUUUCUGGUUGCGGCAUCGCCUGACGAGUCGCGACUCAGCGACCUGUACGGGCAGCGUGGAGUUCGAAAGCACGAUCUGGGGUUGGAGGGCGAAGGUGGUGACGGGGAGGUCAAGUACGAUCAGCACUCAGAGAAACGGGAUGGGGAGAGAGGUGUGUAUCGAGACUUACCAGCCACGUCCGCAACAGCCACCAUUCCCGCAACCGGAGAGCCACCACCACCAUCGCAUCCGCUGGCGCCGUGGCCGCAGCGGCAACCAAGUUCGUUGCACAACGGAGCGUCGGUGGACCCCUCUUCAGCGCCUUUUGAAGCGACCACUGCGACGUUGGAGACAACAGGAGCUCCUGAUUUGGUGUCUAUAGGAGGUGCAGAGCAGCAAGCAUCUCAUGUGCGGAGUGUCUCAGUGAUUGGACGUACCUUGACGGCGGCUACAAAAGCACUCACCGCUGCGGCUGCGCGAGAGGCUCAGCGGCGAGCGGAAGAGACGUCGCGCGCACAGGCUGCAACGUCCCCCUCCGUCGAAGUGCAUCUCGUGCAGGAUCUUCUGCUCGGCACCGCGCUAAAAGAAAAGGUUUUGCUUUUUGAAGCGUAUUUCGCAGGUCUGCAACAAACGUGGGAAGUCAUGGAGAUGUGUGGGGCGUUGUACCGCCGCGAUGCUGAACGUGCCCGACGUGAGGCAGACGCCGCCGUGCAGGAGCAGGAGCGUGACACUCAGCAGAAGCUCUUCUUCUACCGUCAGCACACGGCUGCGGAGGCGCUGCGUUUCGCCGCGGACAAGAAACACGAAGAGCAGAUGCGGGCCGCCGACGCUCGCAUAGCGGUGUUAGCAGCCACGGUGCAGAACUUGACAGAUAAAUUAGCCUCACAAGAGGCCGAGUUUCAUGAGCAGCAAAAAGCGCACAACAGCGAGGUGCAGGAGCGUCUGCGUGAAGGUCAGCAAGACGCACAUGAGAGCGCGUUGGAGCUCCGCGCGCUGCAACGCGCACACGGCGAGGCUACGGAACGAUGGAUAGCGCUGCAGGUUGUCUGCCACGAACUGCAAAACCGCUUCGAGACUCUCCGGCGACGACGAAGGGGCCGGCAGACGCCCCACAGUUGUUUUCACAACUCCGUUGAGGCUCCCAGUCAGACCCAGGCAAGGCCACGCGUUCUACCGAAGCCAGUCUUGUUGGCUUCUAAGAGUGAGGGCUUCAUGGACACCGAAACACAGGGCCCGUUCGAAAGCCAGCCCCGCAAUACACCGUUGUCAAACAGCCUGGACAACGCCGAGGAUGCUGCCGCCGGCCCCAAAGGUACAUCGGAGAAGCCGACGGCAUUAGAGGUGCUAUUGGCACGUACGCAAGCGGAUAGCGGCGCGAUUUCCACUUCUCCCCUCCGCCCCCAUGCAGACCUCGUCGGCACGGCGACAGGCAGGCCAGCUCGGACCUUUAGUGACGGGCCGCUUAUGCCUGUCGCUCCACCGAAACGCGGCGGAUUCUCGUCCCCGCCUGACACGCCGCUGCUCGCCGCUGCUCCCUUGCCAACGACGAGUAGUGCGGCAUCGCAUCUUGAGGAAAGCGUGCCAAAGCAGGCGGUUCGGUCUCCAGAUGCGAAGCCGGCAGCUGCACGUCCGACGUUGCGUGGAUCUUCGAGCGGUAGCGCAAGCCAAGCCCACGGCGCCCCCGACUCCGCCCGUUCGACCUCUUCGUUCCGGCCCUCGCGGCUGAAUUCCGUCGCCUCCACGCGUCGCGGCUCUUCAUCUGCGCUUGCCCACUCGACCGCCACGUCCGCACAAGGGUCCAACCGUUGCAAAGACCCAAGAGAUGACGCCAACCACAACGGCGCAGCGGGUGUGGAUGUCAUUGCAGACCCCAUUGAGAGCGAGGAAGAGGACGAUAUGGAGUGGCAGCAGCGCGUUCAAGAAGUCGCGGCGGCGGCGGUGCAGCGCGAGUUGUCUCGGCUGCUCGUGUUUAAUUUAGCCGGUCAUGGGAGGCACGAUCCGGCUGUCGCAAACGGUACUCUCCACGUGCGGAAGAGCAGCUCCCCGAAACGUAACGGCUCCGUCGCACUCGCUGCGACACGCGUAGAGUCGUGUCUGUCUACGCCACGUGCGGAGAGCGGAGGAGCGGAUGGAGAGGAGGCGCUAACGCCGGCGGUGACCUUGUCAGCCUUGCAAUGGAUGCGCGUGUGUGAAACGGCGCAUCUUUCUGCUCAUGUGAACAGCGUACUUGUCGAUCUGCUACAAAAGCUGGGUGACUCCUUAGCACAGCGCCUUCAGCUGCUAGAGGAGAAGGACUGGAAUAAAACGAUGGCGAGACAGUUCAUUGCCGUGGAUCACGCGGCAGCGUUGCGGCGGCUGACGGCCAAGGUGGACAGUGUCGUUCACGGCUCCUUUUCUGCACCUUCAGAUGGUAUGUCCUCUUCGAAAAAGUCGCAACCAAGGAGAGAGAUGCGCUUCGGACUGAUGUAA